AUGGGGACCACAACCUGUAAUGGAUCAGUGGAUGGAUCAACAGUCUUCUACCUGGUGGGAAUCCCCUCUCUGCCAGAGAGCUUCUUCCUCCCUGUGUUCUUUAUUUUCCUCCUCUUCUAUCUUCUCAUCCUGCUGGGAAAUGCCCUGAUCCUGGUGACUGUGGUGGCAGAGCCCAGCCUCCACAAGCCCAUGUACUUCUUCCUGAUCAACCUCUCCACUCUGGACAUUCUCUUUACCACAACCACUGUCCCCAAGAUGCUGUCCCUGUUCCUGCUUGGAGACCACUUCCUCAGCUUCCCUGCCUGCUUAUUGCAAAUGUACCUCUUCCAAAGCUUCACAUGUUCAGAAGCCUUCAUCCUGGUGGUCAUGGCCUAUGACCGCUAUGUGGCUAUCUGCCGUCCCCUGCACUACCCUGUCCACAUGACCCCACAGACCAAUGCUGCCCUGGCAGCCUGCGCCUGGUUUAUUGCUCUCCUCCUGCCCAUCCCUGCAGUGGUCAAGACCUCCCAGAUGGCAUAUAACAACAUUGCUCACAUCUACCAUUGUUUCUGCGACCACCUGGCUUUGGUUCAGGCCUCCUGCUCUGACACCUUACCCCAGACCCUCAUGGGCUUCUGCAUCGCCAUGGUGGUAUCCUUCCUGCCCCUUCUCCUGGUGCUUCUCUCCUAUGCCCACAUCUUGGCUUCAGUGCUUUGCAUCAGCUCCCGAGAAGGACGCUCGAAAGCCUUCUCCACCUGCGGCUCCCACCUCCUGGUGGUUGGCACCUAC